GACUCUAUCAUCCUUUCCUUUACUCUUUACAGGUCGGUGCGGAUCUCUCCUAGAACCUGUCACAGUUAGGGUUUGCAAAUUCCGUUUCCGCCAUUAAGCUUCAACUAAAUCCUUUUCUCUUUCACAACCGAAAUGGGAAAGAAACGUAAAGAACUAGACGCCUCCUCAGUCCCUCAGAACGACAACGUUCCUUCUGGCUCCGACAUUUUCAAGACCCUGUUCGGCAAUGUUGAGCAAAACUCUGUCGUUUCAUCCAUCUUCUCCGAUAAUAAUCCGUUUAAAAGAAAACUGCAAGAUUCGAGCCUAGGAUUAGGCAAUGCCAAUUCGAGCGAAAAUCCUGAAAUCAACAAGUCUAAUAUUGAUGAGGGUAAGAGAAAGCGAAACAAGGGGAAAAAGUUUGAUCUUGAAGAAGAGGAAGAAGCUACAGAGAAUCCUUUAGUUUCCAAAAAAUCGAAAGAAGUGAAAUCCCGUAAGCCUGAAUUCGAAGAAAGUCCAAACAUCGUUUCUGAUUUGGACAAGAGUAAGAAAAACCCUAGCUUGUUGGUGGAAUCAAAAGCAGAGAGAAAGAAGAGAAAGAGGGAUGAGGUAGAGAGAGAAUAUGAGGUCCAAAAGUACGGUUCAGUGGCGGAAGAAGUAGAAAAUGUGGUUGUGGUUGGAGAAAAGAGAAAAAAGUUGGAGAAUGAAACGGAUAUGUUAACUUCCAAGGAGGAGGAGGGAUUUGAUGAUGAAAGUAAGCUUUUGAGGACAGUGUUUGUUGGUAAUUUGCCUCUAAAGGUGAAGAAGAAAUUGCUCAUAAAGGAAUUCAAGCAGUUUGGGGAGAUUGAAUCUGUCAGAAUCCGGUCUGUGCCCAUCGUGGAUACCAAGAUACCGAGAAAGGGCGCCAUUUUACUGAAGAAACUCAAUGAUUCAGCUGACAGUGUACAUGCUUAUAUUGUUUUCAAAACAGAGCAUUCUGCUGAGGCUUCUCUGGCCCAUAAUAUGGCCGUGGUUGGAGGAAACCAUAUUCGUGUUGACAGGGCAUGUCCACCUCGUAAGAAAUUGAAGGGUGAGGGUGCUCCACUUUAUGAUAACAAAAGGACUCUUUUUGUGGGUAACCUCCCUUUUGAUGUUAAGGAUGAAGAAAUUUAUCAGCUUUUCUCUGGCAUCAAAGAAAUUGAAUCCAGCGUCGAAGCUGUUCGUGUUAUUAGACAUCCUCAUAUUGGUCUAGGGAAGGGUAUUGCCUAUGUGUUAUUCAAAACAAAGGAAGCUGCAAAUUUGGUAUUGAAGAAAAGAAACUUGAAGAUCCGAGAUAGGGAGUUGAGGCUCUCUCAUUCCAAGCAAGAUAGCACACCAUCUAAGAGAAGGAAUGUGUUGAUAUCUGAUUCACCAACUAAGAGGUUAGCCAUGGACUCGAGGACACCUGAUCGAAAUAGUGGUUCAAACACAAAGGAUUCUACUUCCUACCAGGGUUUGCGUGCUAGCAAAACUGGUGUCUAUAAAAAAGUCCGUCCCCAAACCAAAGUAUCAUUUAAGACGAAAUCUAAGACUCAAGUAGGAGAGAAGCGCAUGGAAAAAAGACCAGCUGUUGCCGCAAGAAAGGCAAAAGCGAAUGCAUUUAAAGAUGGUGGAACUUCCAAACAAGCAGGUAAAAAGCGGAAGCUCGAUGGUCGGACUCCAGAUAGUACGAGGAUGAAAAAGAAAACCAAAAACUUUGGGUAGCAACAGAGGAAAAUGCAUAGUAUCAUGAAAGUCCUGUAUUAGUAUCUCAGCAGCACAUGCAAUUAACGAACAAGUAGUCCAAGUUUAUUUAGAAAUCAUCAGUUUUCCCCUUAUCUUAUUUGUUGCUGGAUAAGGGGGUGAUGAUUUCAAGAAUUUGUUUGUGAAAAAUCUUUGGCUACUUUUAAAUGCCAUGGACUCGAGUGGUUUCAGGGGGUAAAGGAUCAGAGUCAGAACAUAAGAGAAAUUGUAUAUCCUACCAUCGGAUUGGAGGUAAAAUAAAUGCCAACUGUAGGUUUAUUCCUGCAUUCCAAGAUUACGGGCAAUCAGGCAUGUAGGAGUGUUGUAGCCAUUUUGGAAAUUGCAUGCUGCAAUAUGUUGUUUUCCUACUUUGCAAAUCUAAUAAAACGAACCCAGAAAAUUGUUAAUCGACAAAA